AGGAGGCAGCCGCUGCUGCUCCAACAAGAAGAAGAACCCGGGAAGCUCCGAGCCGCUGACCUGCAGCAGUAAACAGUGCUCAGCUGCUCCAACAACAUGACCGACCUCUGGCAGCACGCCAUGGACCACGCCGCCGCUGUUGCCCGCCGGGCCGGGGAGGUGGUGCGGGACGCUCUGCGGGACGACAGGAAGGUGAUGACGAAGAGUUCGUCGGUUGAUUUAGUGACACAAACUGACCAGAAAGUGGAGCAGCUCAUCAUCCAAUCAGUGAAGGAGAAAUUCCCCACUCACAGGUUCAUCGGGGAGGAGUCUGUGGCAGCAGGUGAAGCCUGCGUGCUGACCGACAGUCCCACCUGGAUCAUCGACCCGAUUGAUGGGACGACCAACUUCGUUCAUGCAUAUCCUUUUGUUGCUGUUUCCAUCGGAUUUUCUGUCAACAAACAGAUGGAGUUCGGCGUGGUCUACAGUUGUCUUGAAGAUAAGAUGUACACGGCAAGGAGGGGGAAGGGAGCUUUCUGUAACGGAGAGCCACUUCAGGUUUCUGACCAGGAAGACAUUAAACAGUCGAUCAUUGCCACAGAGUUUGGAUCUAGCAGAGACCCUGAAGCUGUUGAGAAAAUCUUCUCGAGCCUGAGGAGUAUCCUCUGCCUCCCUAUACAUGGGGUGCGUGGUGCAGGAACUGCAGCGAUCAACAUGUGUCAGGUGGCCUCCGGUUGUGUGGAAGCGUAUUAUGAGAUUGGGAUCCACAUCUGGGACGUGGCUGCCGGCUCCCUGAUCGUCUCAGAGGCUGGAGGAGUACUGAUGGAUGUGGAGGGGGGAGAGGUGGACCUGAUGUCCAGAAGAAUUAUUGCCGCCAAUAGAAGAACAAUCGGUGAGAGGAUCGCCAAAGAGAUCGACUCCUUCAGUCCGCUCCGAGACGAUGCUCCGCCGCUCAAACAGUGAACUGCUGCUGUGGAUUUUAUGUUUGUUAAAGUUUGUGAUAAAGUUCCUUUUCUAAAACAAACAAAAGACUGCAUUUGCCAGAUUAUCACUCCUGCAACAGUGAACACACAAAAUAAUUGAAGACUAAAUAAUGCGUCCAAAAACAUAUCGAACCAUGUUGUAAAAUAAAUAAGUAAAGAUAACAGAGCCACUACAUUUAAUGACUUCUUUGUCUUUUGGUUCUCCAGCUGACUUUAUACUUCACUGAAUGUUUUUGAGCCUGCAAACACUCCUGAAGUAUUUGAUAUAAUUAGAGUCUUGAACUCUUCUCCUGGCCUCUUUGAUCAAAAAGGCAGCUUUUUUAACUAUUAUUAUGAUUUAAUCCUUUUUUCCAUGUCCCUUCAAUCAGGUUAUUGAUGAUCCAUCUUUAUUCUCAAACUGUUGUCCUUUAUCAACACUGCCUUGUUUUUCUAAAAUCCUUGAAAAAGCUGGUAUACAAUAUAAUCAUGAAA